GAAAUUGAUUCUCAACAAUUAAUUCCUGAUGAGCUUCUCCGAAGUAUAAAUUUGGAUUACUUACAUUCUGAGAAGGGUGUUCAACAUGAUUGUGGAGUACGUAUAGUGAUGUUAACUUUGUCUUCAUGUCAUGUAAUAAAUCAGGGGACAAUUAAAUUUUUUAUUUUAUUUUUUUGCAGACCGGCGAUGAGAAAAUUGAUGAAACAAUUUUGUUUGAUUCGCAAUUCACAAUUCCUGAUGAGAUGUUACCGAACCUAAAUGCCUAUCAACAUUCAUCGGUAAACCGUCAAGAAGAACAUGAAAUUUUGGAUGCAAAAACUUCUGAGACUGUUAUUGAAGAUCAUGCUCAAAUGAACAGAGGGAUCACUGAUUUGAGUUCAAAUUCACUGGUGAAUUCAGAGGUCAAACUUGCUACAGAGGAGCAAGUUAGGACACCUUCUAAUACACAAGAAGUAACCAAUGAUGAACAGAGGGAUGAACAAUUGUGGCCUGAUUCACAAAACACAAUUCCGAAUGAGUUUCUACCUAGCUUGAAUGUCUACGAUCAAAAAAGCAUCAUGAUUCAUCCAUCCGCUAAUUGUGAAGUUAACACUCCCAGACCAAAAUUAAGGAUUAGGUGACCAUCAAAAUUCAAAGAAUUUUCAUACACCGAAAAAUUUGGUUUAGCAGCUGAUAAGUACAAUAAGAUAUAUAUAAUUUUUUAUGUAAUAUGUCUUGCAAAUACGCUUGUAUUUAUUAAGUUUUUGUACUCUCUAAUUAUAUAGGGAGC